AUGAAGACAUUCCCAGAGACUCAAUUCAUAGCGAGAGAUACAACGGCAUGCAAGAUCCGCGCGAUUCAAUUCUGUGCAGAGAAAACAGCAGGCGGUGAGAGGAACCUGGGAAUUUCCGCCGAGCAAAUGAGACAUAACCCGUGGGAACGUACGUACAUAUAUGCAACCUACAUUCUUUUGCGAAGCUUGGAGACCAUGGACAGUACCCAAGUUCUAGGGAGGGGAGAUGAAAAUAAUGAAAAUACCAGAAUCUUGUCGCACUCGUCUAUCACUGCAUGUUUGCGGUGCCGGGAACAGAAGCUAAAGUGUGGUCGCGAACGUCCCACGUGCACUCGAUGCGAGCGACUCAGUGCAAGAUGUAACUAUCCGCGGCCUCCAAAUCGCCGGGGUCCACGGGGCCGGCGCCUAGGGACUCAACGCCGGCGCAACGAAGCAGUUUCGCAACAAACUUCUGCCGCUGAGACCCAGAAAAGCAGUCCGAUCCCUGGAUAUGAUGCUUCGAAUUCCGUUGGUCCUAAUGCUCGUCGUGAAGACGAUCCACUUCUUCCUAGUUCCGCUGGAUUGGAUGACACAUCGGCGGCUCUAGGUAUAGGAACACGUACUCCGUCUAAUACAUACCCAAGUCAGCUACGUACGAUGACGCCUGUCGCAUUUGAGCCAGGACGUUCCUCAGAACAGACACAAUUACCACCACCCGCCCUGUGUCUUUCUCUGCUGGAGGUAUACUUUACGCGCGUAUAUAACGCACCUCUUUUAUUUCAUAAACCCACUCUUUUUCAGAAUUAUCUGGAACGGAGACUCCAUUGCUCUCUUCUUAAAGCUUUACUCGCGCUAGCAACUCUAUUUCUUCAGCCGAGGAAUCAUUCAAAUGACAUUUUACCUGCAAUAGAAGGGCAAGCAGAAGAAUUAAAAAUUUUGAGCUCAUAUCAUUCUUGCGGUCGCCCAUGGGCGAAAGCUGCUUUAAGAGAACUUCUGAUCUCAGCCUUAGAGUGUCCAUCUCUGAUGAUUGUCCAAGCGUUGGAGUGUCUGCAGCUGUAUUGGUUUGGCAUUGGUGACUUUCAUUCUGGCAGUUUAUGUCUUGCCCUCGCCUAUCGUUCAUGUCAUCUGCUUGGAUAUAGCAGGAAGUCUACGGACAACAACGACUAUUAUGACGAGUCGCUCGAAUCUGAACUUUCCCGUCGAUGCUUCUGGGCUUGCUGGACAUCUACAUGCAUCGUUAUGGAACCAGAACCAUAUAUCAAAUUGGCCUGGCAGGAAGUGGGCUUGGUGCCGCUUCCGGGACUGAUCUCCAAUACGUCGUCCGGCUAUACGAUAACUCUAAAUCAGACAAUGGAUGAGAAUUGGAUUUCUAGAUCCUUGGAUCGUCGGAUAAGCAGUGACAGCUACCCUGGGAGUGCAGCCAUCUUAAUGAAAAUGGUUGGUGUGUGGGCGAAAAUUCAACAAUUGUGCAAAGAGCACACCUCUGCUCCAAAUGCUCAAAAUUUUGGCCAACUCGAAAAAUUAUCUCACUUGGCAACAUCGCUAUUUGAUGAGUCAACCACCCUGAGAAAUUCCGGUCAUCAGAAUGAUCCAAAAACCGAAGGCGAGAGCCUAUUACUCGUCCACGAUGCGCUCUACCACCAAUGUCAAAUCGCCGCCCAUUGGAUGAUUGUCCCCCUUCUUUCGGGUAUCCCUACUGACCCAACAAUUAGAUCUGAUAAGCAAAGAGAAAGUGCAGAUACUGUUCUAAAACAUGCAGAGCUGCUUGAACGGCUACUGGCGCCUUAUCUCUAUGGUCGAAGUGAUAUUUCACGUCUGCCUCCCCUUGUUGGCUUUGGUGCUUUUGUCGCAGGUAUUGUGCUUCUGGCAACCGAAAUUUCCCGCCAGGACUGUGGAGUGAAUGGAUCAUUCACAAAAGAAUGUCGAAACGGUCCCAGAAUACCCGCAGUGAGAGCGAUUGUGCAUUUAUUAGAUCAUCUGCGAGUCUAUUGGAGAGCGUUGGAACGUCCGUGGGAAACCUUGAAUUCCGCAUUGUCGACAGACUCUUUCAAGUAUAAAAGACACGCCACACCAAUGAUUGUACGAGGUGAUCGUCGUGUGGCAUCAUCCAGUGACUGUGAACGUCUCGAAAUGCCUAGCGGAUAUAAUCAAAGCGAGGAUAUCUCAAGCAAGCAGCUGCAACCCUCUGAAGCCGAGAUACGUACAGGAGAACUUGAAGCCCAACUCUGCUCGUCUACAGCUCCCUUGAACGGGAAUGGGUUAGGGGCGCCAGAUGUAUUAGGACGAAGUGGCUCACCCAUCGAUCAGGUCAGUCUAUCACGCGACUAUGACUGGUAUAGCUUGUCUUUCGCGGAGGCCGGACUUGAGCAGUUUGCUGGGCUUGAGCCUUCUACACUUUUUCAGCAAGGCUGGGGGUGGGGGUCAUUUGGCUAG